GGUACCUCUUCGUUCGUUUUUGUGCCCACUCCGAAAACCACACCGCCGACAUUUUGCGCAACCAAACCCCGAAUAUUCCCCUAUCGCAUCAACAAUGGUCCUCCUGAAAAGUCUUGGAUGCAACUCGACGUGACAUGAUAUCAUUUGCUAGUGCAGGAGCUUGAAAACUGCUCCCCUGGAUGUGGGGACUUACACCGCAUUUGUCUGUGAUCUGUUAAUCAUGCCUUCAUCAUCCGAUUACUUAAACCCCAACUCCCGAGCCAGCAUUGCUGGUGAUUCUGGUUCGGACGACGACCUUGACUUGGAAGAGCUCGAUCCAACUACAGCAACAAUUCACUCCCCACGUUCAACAGAUGGACCGUCGAGACCAAGAGACCAUGGUCCAGGGAUUGCGCUGAGGAAUUUGCGCCUGGGCGUAAGAGAUCGAGUGUGGGGCCGGAAUCACUCCGGAACGUACAGGGGAUCGGAGGACAUGGAUCAUUUGCUCGAAGAUCGAGACGACGGCUUGCGAAGGUCCCAUGCGAGCUCUCGCAAUUAUACUGAUGACGAUGCGCCCCUGUUAGAGGAAGGUCGACAUGAGUCGGGUCGUUCGUUUCCGGACAACGAGCGGGUGCCACGCAGGGGUCGUCGAUUCCGAUUUCCGGGUACUAAAAUAGCAAGUUUGUUCUUUGGCUCUUCGGCAUCGACUGCGAGUGAAACUGCGAUAGCGAAGCCUCCCCGCGAUGUUUUUGUAGGGCAGGUACAAAGGUCCAAAUAUCCGCCAAAUAUCGUUUCGAACGCAAAAUAUACCCCAUGGAGUUUCUUGCCACGUACAUUAUACAACGAAUUCUCGUUCUUUUUCAACAUUUAUUUCCUCCUCGUCGCGCUUUCACAGAUUAUUCCCCUGCUUCGGAUAGGCUACAUGUCCUCUUACAUCGCGCCAUUGGCGUUCGUCGUUUCCAUAUCGCUCGGGAAAGAGGCUUUGGAUGAUAUCGGUCGACGGCGAAGGGACGCAGAGGCGAAUGCAGAGGAGUUUUCUGUUCUAGCAUUCGAUAAGCCUCUGGGAAGACAGCCGGCUUUUGCGUCUGGCGGUGUCAACUCCGAGAUUGCAAAUGCCAUGCAAGUUACUAAAAGAUCUCGGGACCUGAAAGUUGGCGAUGUUUUGGAAAUUCGAAAGAACCAACGGCUUCCUGCCGACGUUGUGAUCUUGAAAAGCGUCUCGAAUGAUACGGCCCAUCAGGAGACCUUGACGGAAUCAUCCACAGAUCUUAUACAGGCAGACCAAAAUUCAGCACCGCCCGCGGCAGAACCUAGUUCGAGUCCUGCAGCAGAAACGACAAGUGCAUCGUCGGCUAGCGAUACGUUCAUACGCACAGAUCAGCUUGACGGUGAAACGGACUGGAAACUACGUCUACCAUCAGUACUAUCGCAAAACCUUCCACUUGUGGACCUCUCCCGGUUGAAAGUUACUGCGAGUGCACCUGAUAAAAGUGUAAAUGAAUUUGUUGGUACUAUUGAGUUAGGGCCUCCUGUCGGAUUCUACGACCCCCACGUUGAUAAGGCGGAUGACGAUGAUUCUGGUAACGAAGGAGUUCAAUCCAAAUCUGCUCCGCUGACGAUCGAUAACACGGCCUGGGCCAAUACUGUCCUUGCAUCAAAUACGAUUACAUAUGCCGUCAUUAUCUAUACCGGUUCACAGACACGAGCGGCACUUUCAACAUCCCCAUCUCGCUCCAAAGUAGGCCUGUUAGAGUAUGAAAUCAACAACCUGACCAAAAUCCUAUGCGUCUUGACCCUCGCCCUAUCGAUUAUUUUGGUUGCCUUGGAGGGAUUUCAGCCAACUAACGAUAAGGAGUGGUAUGUUGCGAUCAUGAUUUAUCUUAUCCUCUUCUCUACGAUUAUCCCUAUGAGCUUGCGUGUCAACUUGGAUAUGGCCAAGUCAGUGUACGGCCGUUUCAUUGAGCGUGACAAGGAUAUACCUGGUACCGUUGUAAGAACUAGCACCAUACCUGAGGAUCUCGGUAGGAUUGAGUACCUGUUGUCGGACAAGACGGGAACUUUGACCCAGAACGAAAUGGAGUUGAAGAAAAUCCAUGUUGGAACUGUGUCAUAUGCAAACGACGCUAUGGAGGAGGUGGCCUCAUAUGUCAGACAAAGCUUUUCUGGUAACUCAUUGACUACUCCCUCAACGCCGUUUGGAACUCAAACGGGACAUGGGGCAGCUCCUCGCACGCGAAGAGAAAUAGGUUCGCGUGUCAGGGAUGUUAUACUCGCUCUUGCUCUGUGUCACAAUGUUACGCCGACAAUAGACGAAGAAGAUGGUGUGAAAGUAACAAACUAUCAGGCCUCUUCGCCGGAUGAAAUUGCCAUUGUUCGGUACACCGAGGAGGUCGGGCUCAAACUGGCCUAUCGUGACCGUCAGACGAUAGUUCUCGAGUCUACGCACACCCGGAGUGUCGUUGUACGUGUCCGCAUACUUGAAAUAUUUCCUUUCACUUCGGAUAGUAAGCGUAUGGGCAUUAUCGUACAAUUUGAGACAGAUGGUGGAGUAUUAGAAUCCCCCAAACAAGGACCUGAGAUAUGGUUUUAUCAAAAGGGCGCAGACACGGUUAUGACCUCGAUCGUUGCAGCAAACGAUUGGCUUGAUGAGGAAACUGCCAACAUGGCUCGGGAGGGCCUGCGCACUCUGGUUGUGGGAAGGAAACGGCUUUCCUUGCAACAGUACCAGGAAUUCGAUGCGAAAUAUAAGCAAGCGUCGCUUGCUCUCCAGGGACGGGACGACGGGAUGGCCAAGGUCAUCAGCGAGUAUCUUGAACGAGAUCUGGAACUUCUUGGAGUGACUGGUGUCGAAGACCGUUUACAAAGGGACGUUAAGCCAUCAUUAGAACUUCUCCGCAACGCUGGAAUCAAAAUCUGGAUGUUGACAGGUGACAAGGUGGAGACAGCACGUUGUGUGGCUAUUUCUGCAAAAUUAGUUGCCAGAGGACAGUACAUCCAUACUGUCGCCAAAGUCAAAGACAAAUCGGCUGCCCAGGAAGCUCUGGAUUUUCUGCGCAACAAAACCGACUGUUGCCUGCUUAUUGAUGGCGAAUCACUCUCUCUCAUGCUUAGUCAAUUCCGGACAGCGUUCAUAUCAGUUGCAGUCCUGUUACCCGCUGUUGUUGCCUGUCGAUGCUCCCCAACUCAGAAAGCUGAGGUUGCGGACUUGAUCCGUCAGCAUACCAAAAAGCGAGUCUGUUGCAUAGGCGAUGGUGGCAACGAUGUGUCCAUGAUUCAGUCGGCUGAUGUGGGAAUUGGUAUUGUCGGUAAAGAAGGACGCCAGGCUUCCCUUGCAGCAGAUUUCAGCAUUACCCAGUUCCACCAUCUCACCAAGCUCCUGGUCUGGCACGGACGCAAUUCCUACAAGCGAUCUGCCAAGCUGGCACAGUUCAUCAUGCAUCGCGGUCUCAUCAUCAGCGCCUGCCAGACCAUGUACAGCAUUGCCAGUCACUUUGAUCCCAAGGGUCUCUUUAUCAACUGGCUCAUGGUCGGCUAUGCUACUGUUUACACCAACGCCCCCGUUUUCUCCUUAGUCUUUGAUCGUGACGUUGACGAGCACCUCGCUAAUCUCUACCCCGAACUGUACAAAGAACUCAAAUCCGGCCGCAGUCUAAGUUAUCGCUCCUUCUUCACCUGGGUCCUGAUCUCCGUAUACCAAGGGGCCGUAAUCCAAGGCCUCUCCCAGAUCCUCCUAGACACGAUCGCAGGACCCCGACUCAUCAGCGUAUCAUUCACAGCCCUGGUGAUCAACGAACUUCUAAUGGUCGCCAUCGCCAUAACUACCUGGCACCCUGUAAUGAUCUUCUGUCUCCUAGGCACAGCCCUCCUGUACGCUGCCAGCGUCCCCUUCCUAGGCGAGUACUUCGAUCUGCAAUAUGUGAUCACCGUGGAUUGGGUCUGGCGUGUCAUCGCUGUCGUCGCCGUGGCCAUCAUCCCCGUCUGGGCUGGAAAGUUGAUCCAACGAUCCUGGCAUCCUCCGAGUUACCGGAAAGUGAGGGGUUAGCUUAAUCAAAUUACCUUCUUACUUCUCUUCCUCACUUGAUCUUGUUUCCUACUGACCACCACCACGCUAUCCUUCUCUUCUCGCAUGUGACAAAAAUAUUUCAUCAGUUGAACGGUGUUUGGAGCGAGCGCUUCUUUGUGAUAUUUAUUGUAUGCCUAUAACAAGCAUCUCUUUUGAUAUUGCCACGGAGACACUGUCAUGGUUGAUAUAUAACAUUUUAGAAUUCCACUGGUUUACCUACUUGUG